AUGGUGAGGGCGUUCAGCACCACAGUGCCUCCGUUCCCUGCCAUAUCACCUCCUCAGCCGGUUCAAGUGACUGAGGACGUGGUCAGUGAUGUCAGCAUUGAGACCACUGUGCAGGAACUGACAUCAAUAGUGGAUGUGGAAGGGCUAAACUGCUUAAUUAACAAUGCUGGGAGAUUUUUACAGGCAUCCCUGCCAUUGUUGAUACUGGCAGCGGCUGGCAGUAGAGGUAUUAAGGGUCAUAGGUCCGCUGCGAUCAACAUCCUCUCUGUUCUUGGCUCUAUCCAGCUUAACUGGACUGAGGGAGAUUUUAAGGACUAUGCCUAUGGGGUCUCCAAGUCAGAGGGGAGCAUGCGCACUGCCCUUCACCCACAAUGCCUGGCUACUGAUCUGGAGUCAGAAGGAAUCCUGUGCACAGCCUUUCACCCACGAUGCCUGGCUACUGAUCUGGAGUCAGAGGAGGCACCUGUGAGCCCAGAGUGGAGUGUUUCAUCAGUGCUGACUGUGAUCUCAAAACUGUGUGAGAAGCAUCAUGGUGAAUUCUUGAACUACUCAGGGGAAAAAAUAUCAUGGAUGUCUUAAUUUGCAAAUGCAUAAUAAGACUGCAGAGAGAAUCAUUUAUUACUGGUGUUUUUUACUUAUCAUUGACGAUAUGUUUCAUUUAGUGACUUGGCAUGUGUAUUCCUGGAUGAGAACAACAUCCAUCUGUAGGUCCUGAAAUGAAUAAAAUGUUUGUGUUUAAUGUGAUGUGGGUGCUGAUGUUCCUGUUGAUCUGAUCUAAAUCUACUUAGUUCAAUCAGCUGUGGCUCCUCCUCACUUCACUUUGUGAUUGUGUAGUGACAUGUAAUUUCUUAUACAAUCUGUUAAUCAAGUCAAAA